GGCGGCGGCGCCGCCCCGACCCAGCUCUGGCAGCGGCGGCGGCUGGCGUGCGCGCGGGCUGUGCACCUGGCGCCCUCCUCGGGGCUCCCCGUCGCCAGGACAACCGGCCUCGCCGUGGCGCCUCUGCCAUGGUUUUCUCAAAUAAUGAUGAAGCCCUUAUUAACAAAAAACUACCCAAAGAACUUCUGUUGAGAAUAUUUUCUUUCUUGGACAUAGUUACUUUGUGUCGGUGUGCGCAAGUUUCCAAGGCAUGGAAUGUUUUAGCUCUGGAUGGAAGCAAUUGGCAAAGAAUAGACCUCUUUAACUUUCAAACGGAUAUAGAGGGUCGUGUUGUGGAAAAUAUAUCGAAAAGAUGUGGUGGGUUCCUGAGACAACUUAGUCUGAGAGGUUGUCUUGGUGUUGGAGACUCCUCUUUAAAGACCUUUGCACAGAACUGUAGAAAUAUCGAACACUUAAAUCUAAACGGGUGCACAAAAAUCACUGACAGCACGUGUUACAGUCUUAGCAGAUUCUGUUCCAAGCUGAAACAUCUGGAUCUGACAUCUUGCGUAGCCAUCACAAACAGCUCUUUGAAAGGCUUAAGUGAGGGUUGCAGAAAUCUGGAACAUUUGAAUCUUUCCUGGUGUGAUCAGAUUACGAAGGAUGGUAUUGAAGCACUGGUGAAAGGGUGUAGUGGACUAAAAGCUCUAUUUCUUAGAGGUUGCACACAGUUAGAAGAUGAAGCAUUGAAACACAUCCAAAAUCAUUGUCAUGAACUUGUUAUCCUGAACUUGCAAUCCUGUACACAAAUCUCAGAUGAAGGCAUUGUAAAAAUCUGUAGAGGAUGUCACAGACUGCAGUCGCUCUGUGUUUCAGGCUGUAGCAACCUGACAGAUGCUUCUCUCACAGCACUUGGUCUAAACUGUCCAAGGCUGAAGAUUUUGGAAGCUGCAAGAUGUUCACAUCUUACAGAUGCGGGUUUUACCCUUUUAGCACGGAAUUGCCACGAGCUGGAGAAGAUGGACUUGGAAGAAUGUGUUUUGAUAACUGACAGCACGUUGAUACAACUUUCUAUACACUGUCCUAAGCUACAAGCAUUGAGCUUAUCUCACUGUGAACUGAUCACCGAUGAUGGGAUUCUUCAUCUGAGCAACAGCACAUGUGGUCACGAGAGGCUGCAGGUACUGGAGCUUGAUAACUGUCUUCUCAUCACUGAUGUGACCCUGGAACACCUGGAGAACUGCCACAACUUGGAGAGAAUUGAGCUGUAUGACUGUCAGCAAGUCACGCGCGCUGGAAUCAAGCGCAUCAGAGCUCAUCUACCUCAUGUGAAAGUCCAUGCUUACUUUGCUCCAGUCACACCCCCUCCCUCAGUGGGAGGGAGCGGGCAGCGCCUCUGCAGAUGCUGUAUUAUUCUUUGACAGUCAGUGCAACCACACAGAAAACGCUGUUGCUGAAGAAAACCGUGGGACUGCAAGUCAGUGGAAGGAGUCUGUUUCCUGACAGUCCUAAUGGUGAUGUUUGGUCAUCCAGUUUUGUGACAAGAAAAGCAUUGGUUUUUUUUUUUUCCAGGUAAAAAUCUUUAACGUAAUGUGCAGCUGUGGAUUAAGUUGGUGAUGCUUUGGUUUGCAUUAGUAACUCCUUCCUUCUGUUGGCAUGAGAACUGAAGUACCGUGUAAAAUGUGGGGGCACUUCAGAGUUAGCAGCUACUUGGUGAAAGUUCACAAAACUUGGAAGUUCAUUUGCAUUUGUAAGCACUGUUCAGCGUGAAGUUUUAAUGUAAGGUGGGGCUCAAGUCCGGCCCACCAAGGAACUGAACCUGCUGUUCUGUAAUAUACAUGACAGAUUAAAUAUCAGGUUUAAGGACAAAUUGGCUUUAGCAGUUGUUGACCAAAACUGUAAGGUAAUCAUGAGCUCUUACAGCAAAACAGCUUAUAGUUUGUCAUGAUUCAGCUUCAUAUUUAAUUACAUAACAGGAUAUAAUAGCUAAUGUCAAGAGAUAGUACCUCAAGAUACCUACAUAAAUAGAAAUACUUUUCAAGUUUUUGAACUUGGUUCAGUUGAACUCUGUGGUAGUGCACAGCUUGCCCAGCACUGAAGCACGUUUCAUGCCCGAUGCCACCAGCCUUUAAAAGGGGUGAGAACUCCGCUGCGGCAGAGUUCGUGCACGCGACUGCAACCGGCUGCCGUGCUCCUACACGGUGCUCACGGUACCGCCCGCCCUGCGCGCUCUGCCAGCUCCUGGGGUCGCGGGGCAGGCUGCAGUGGUCCUAGGGAGGGGUGGGUGUAUUAGUCACACCUCGCUACAGAUGAAGAACGGAAACCAGGUUGUUACAGGAACUACAAUGGAGCAAGGAAUUCAAUUCAAGCUGUUUGUCCCACCUGUUUUAGGGACAUAGCAAGCACAGGGGCAAAUAAAUCUGUAGGCAAGAGUUGAACCAAAACAAACCUGCUGUUUUCAAGUGUAGAAAGUCAAACUCUUCACCUUUGGGUUAUUUAAGAAGCUGUCAACUUCUGAAUGAUAAUAAAAAUCUAUGUAUUAACUCUUAAGGCCAUGUUUUCAUCCUUAGUUUUUCAGUGCUAGACGGUUAAAUUUUUUUUAUAUUAAACAACUUAAUUAUCUGUGAUAAACUAUUCAACAGCUCAGAAAGCGUUUUUGUGUAAGAUUGAUUGUGUGUGUGUGGAUGUUUUAAGAGUUCAGGGCCUCUCUGUUUACUGAAAAUUAAUAGAAAUACUGGCUUUAAAAAGCAGUUGGAGAAGCUACUACUGGAUAGUACUGCAAUUUCCCCCCACCAAAAUUUUAACCUACUUUUUAAAAGGCAUGUGAACAUUAAGAGACUUUCAUGGCCAACAGCAGCUGUGUUCACACUUCACACAUUAACAGACAACGGGGACAGUAAAUUAAGAUCUCAACUUACUUACAGGAUAAAUUAAAGAUAUGAGUGCAGUACAUGGAUUUCUUUACUACUGCUAAGCAAGCCAAUCAGGGCUUGUUUUGCCCAGUGGUGGAGGAGCGUUGUUACAAUCAUCCUCAGAGCUCUGUUAGGAUACUGCUGGAACGGAGCAUUUUAAGCAGAUUUUAUUGUCAACUGUACCAGGGAAGCCAUUGGUACCGGUGUGUCACGAUGUGUUGCCUUUUGUUGGCUCAUUUUUUGUUUUUCUAAGACCAUACUGAACCUUGUAUGUCUACUGCAUUAAAGAUGUACAAAAACAAAUGGAACCUACUCUGAUAUAGGACACUUAAAUAAAAAAAUCAGCUGUUGUCAAA